AUGUGUAAUGAGUUUAAGCAUUCUAUGAUUUUGCAUUUUGAUAUGACUGAUUUGGGUAUGAUGAGUCAUUUCCUUGGCAUGGAAGUCAAGCAGAGCCCAAACGGCACAUUUAUCUGUCAAAGAAGAUAUGCACAGGAGGUAUUGUCGAGAUUUGGAAUGUUGGAUUGUAAUGUUGUGAAAAAUCCUAUGGUUCCAGGAACGAGAUUGUCAACAGACAAAGAAGGAGUGAAAGUUGAGGAAACGCUAUUUAAACAAUUAGUUGGAAGUUUGAUGUAUUUAACAGUUACAAGACCUGAUUUGACGUAUACAGUGAGUUUAAUAAGUAGAUUCAGGACCAGUCCUACUACAACACAUUGGCUUGCUACAAAAAGAAUCUUAAGGUAUGUCAAAGGCACAAUCAAUUUUGGCAUUUGGUACAAAAAAGGAAUUGAUAGUCUAAAACUACUAGCCUUUACAGACAACGAUUAUGCUGGAGAUUUGAAUGAUCGAAGGAGCAUGUUGGGUUUUGUGUUCAUGAUGGGAACGGGUGCAGUAUCUUGGGCAUCUAAGAAACAAACUGUGGUUGCAUUGUCCACAACCGAGGCUGAAUACAUGGCAGCAGCCCUAUGUGCUUGCCAAUGUGUUUGGCUUGGAAGGAUACUUAAGAAGAUUGGAGUUAAAGACGAGUCUAAAAUUGCAAUUAUGUGUGAUAACAAUUCUGCUAUACAACUAUCUAAGCAUCCAGUGUUCCAUGGAAAAAGAAAAUACAUUGAUGUGAGAUUCCACUUUCUUCGGGAUUUGGUUAAUAACAGGGUAGUUCAACUCAAUUUUUGUAACUCCCAGGAGUAG